AUGCCACCACCGGCGUUCUGGAAAGCCACCCUGCUUAGUCAGCGUAGACAAUGGCUUCGUCACCAGUAUAAGGACUACCGAAGGUCGAGCACCACACCAUAUGUUAACAAAAAAGUGAUCGGUCCAGUGACUGAGUGCUGUGAACUCACAUAUCAACGUGUUCAAUUUUGUGUGAUCAUCGGAAAAGUAGGAUUUUGUGAGCUCGGGAUUUUAUCUGAGAUAUCAACUUCGAGGCACUGA